GAUUUGGAUCUUGAUUUGGAUUGUGAUAUCCAUCCAUCCAUCCAUCCAACCAUCCAUGAUAGGAAGUAUUCGACCCAAGUACCGCCGUGGAAUGAAAGUGUGUUCAUUCCGGCAUGUAAGGUUCAAAUGGAUGGACUCUGUAUGGACUAUGGAUGGACUCUGCAAAAGUAUAAAGGACAAAGACGGUGUAGCUAUCUCAUGACUCUCUUCCCUUUCUCUUCUUCCUCUUACUCUUUAUCUCUCCCCCAAUUGAAAUCUGAUACCUUGGCUUGAUAUUGUCCAUACACCAUCCCAUCCCCCUACUUGUAUCCUCUGAUAUUCAUUCUCGAGUCAUUGCACUCCCCUCGUAUUCCAAUCCUAUAAGCAUCUGCAUCUGCAUCGACAUCUUUUAUCCACAUUCCCCAAUUGGUUCGACCUACCUACCUACCUACCUACCUACAUACAUAUAUACAUACAUAUAAAUCCACGUUCCAGCAAACAAAAGCACUCACGAUUCCUUGUGUAACCACACUUUGAUCACCUUAUCUGCCGAUACUCCGCAUUUUCUGUCGGUAUACAUACGACGGGACUUUCAGCUCUUUUAUAUCUUCACUUCACAUUGUCCAAAACUCAAUUCAUCAAACUAUAACCAUCAAUUUAUCUCACCUCAUCUCACCUCAUCUCACCAAUAUGUCUCGAGUUACUCCUCCCGUCAAUAAAUUCACACUUGUGUUGAAGAGAUGUAUCAGUACUACUUCGACUGUUGCAAGCCCGAGUGCACAAUUAAAAACUAAGAGCGCUAUCAAAGCUGAUCUCAUCUCCAACUUCUCCCACGAACGCACCAUCACCACUACUCACCGACCAUCUCCCCCUUCUAUCAAAACCAUCCGUCUCAUGCAGGGAUUCCGCACCAGCGCCGCUCGUCCCGUCGCUUCCCCUUCCACUCUCGAUUAUCUCGUUCUUCCCCGUCUCCCUGUUGAAGAACCUCUCAAUGCAUUUGCUGUCCGCGUUCCUAUCCUUCCUGAUAACUACUAUGCUUCUCAAUCGAUCAAGGAAUCAAUCGAUACUGCGGUUCCCAAACAGGAAGUCCAUAUCGUGAGUGCGUUGCCAGAAGAGGUCGUUUCACAGGUUAAUGUUCUGACGGAGAUGGUGGGGAAUGAGGCGGAGAGUGCAGUGGAUUUGGGACAGUGGGUUGAGGGAGUUAGGAAGAGAGGAGAGGAGAUGAGAGAGAGAUUCGUAGGAAGAGAUAACGAACAAGGUGUUUUGAGUGAAUUGUGGAUGAGUCUUCGUGAGGAUGUGUGGGGAGAGAAGAAAGUUGCUGUUUAGAAUUUUAAGUGUGGCAUCGGAUGUAGGGAGUUUUGAUUUGAUGGAGCGAUUGAUUGACAGAUGGGUAUAGAUGGAAGGGGGAACUCGCUCGCUACGCUUAGCUAGAGCUAGAGAUCCUUUGAUGACGUUAUGAAUUUUUCUUUUCUCUCCUGCUGCCGAGAUAGCUAGUUCGUGGCUUGGAUUGGUUUGGUUUUGGGGUGUCUGUCUUUUACUUUCUUGCUUGCUUUGCUUUUGAGUUGUCUUUGUCUUUUGCUUUUGCUGAAGGUGAAGGUGAAGGUGAAGGAUAGGGUGUUUGAAGGAUCUCGUUGGGGAUAUGAUGUUACUUAGUUUUAUUAAUUGAAUGUUAAGACACCUUUUUACCUACCUAAUCUAUCUUUUUGAUUCUAAUUCUGAUUCCUCUUUCGACCGUUUUAUAUCA